AUGGAAGACCUAUCCCGGGCAACAUCACGGCAGCUCUUAUCCAGGGCGAACGAAUCUGCGAGGAUCAUCUCCGGCGUGGCGGGAGGACCAACAUCCAAACUGAACAAGGCGGAUCUCUCGAAAAUAAAUUCCCAGCUGGGAAUCAUCAUGGAGGUGGUGGCUCAUUUGGGCCUUAUUGCUGAAACGGGGAAGAAGGAGGUCAGUAAGGCUCACUCGAAGGCGGAAGCAACAACACUGGCCUGGGAGCGGGAGUGCGCCCGGGUUGCGAAGGCCGAGGCGGAGGCAGCAAGGGCGGCCGCUCUGGCAGCCACCACGAGGGCUUCGGAGGCUGCAUCUGCAGCAGGACCCGUCAGUGCUGGAUUAAGGGCAGCGUCAUAUGCGGAGAAAGCGUCGGACCAACGAUAG